CACAUAAGCCUUUUGUUGUGGUUGUCUUUGCUUAUUAAGCCACUCUCUCUAAGACACAAAGAAGUGGGGAAAAAAAUUAUCCCAAAAGCAACCAACACAUUUCUCUGUCUCUCUCUCUCUCUCUCUUCCAUGGACUUACAACUGAAGCAAUGGAGAAGUCAGCAGCAGAAUGAGUCAGAAGAACAAGGUUCUGCAACUAAGAUGUCUAACUUUUUCUUUGAUCAGAUUCAGUCUCAAACUGAAACUUCUGCUGCUGCUCUACCUCUUUUUGUCCCUGAACCCACCUCUUCUUCCUCAUUCUCAUGUUUCACUCCUGAUUCUUCCUCUUCCUCUACGAGGCACCUCAAGAUGGGAAACUUCUUUAGCUUGGCACAGUGGCAAGAACUUGAGCUACAAGCACUGAUCUACAGAUACAUGCUGGCUGGUGCUUCUGUUCCUCAAGAGCUCCUCUUGCCCAUCAAGAAAAGUCUCUUCCAUCAAUCUCCUUUGAACUUCCUUCAGCAUCCUCUGCAACAUAACUUCCCUCAUCACCAAGCUUCUUGGUAUUGGGGGAGAGGAGCAAUGGAUCCUGAGCCAGGGAGGUGCAAGAGAACAGACGGGAAGAAAUGGAGAUGUUCUAGAGAUGUAGUAGGCGGUCACAAGUAUUGCGACCGCCACAUCCACCGUGGUCGAAACCGUUCAAGAAAGCCUGUGGAAACAACCGCCAAAACCGCCACCACAAACGCAGCAUCUUCCUUUGUCUUAGGCGAGGAGCUUGGUCAUGGACCAAACAAUAAAGUAAUAAAUAUGAGCAAAGGACGAUAAAUAUAGUUUUGGUGG